AUGCACAUUAAGCAGAUCACCAUCCAAGGCUUCAAGAGCUACAAGAACCAGACCGUUGUCAAUCCCUUCUCCCCGAAACUCAACGUCGUUGUCGGUCGCAAUGGCUCGGGCAAGAGCAACUUUUUCGCCGCGAUUCGAUUCGUUCUCAGUGAUGCCUAUUCACAGAUGGGACGUGAAGAGCGACAGGCCCUCAUUCACGAAGGGUCCGGCUCCGCUGUCAUGUCCGCGUAUGUGGAGAUAGUGUUCGAUAACACAGAUGGACGGUUCCCAACCGGAAACGAUGAGCUCAUACUGCGCCGUACGAUCGGCCUCAAGAAAGAUGAAUAUUCACUCGAUCGCAAGAAUGCGACAAAACAAGAUGUCAUGCAGCUCCUUGAAAACGCAGGAUUUUCGCGCGCGAACCCAUACUACAUCGUUCCCCAAGGUCGCAUCACCAGGUUGACCAAUAUGAAGGACUCCGAGCGACUGGACGUCCUGAAAAGCGUCGCAGGUACACAGCAGUUUGUCGCCAAGAAGGAGGAGUCGCAGAAGAUCAUGAGUGACACUAGCAAUAAACUGGCCGCCAUUGAUCAGACGUUCGAGCAGAUCGAAGACCGUCUCAAAGAACUCGAGGAGGAACAAGCAGAACUCCGAGAUUUCCAGGAGAAGGACCGCGAAAAACGCGCACUUGAAUACACCCUCUUCCAUCGAGAGCAAGAUGAAAUCAACAGAGCUUUGGCAGAAUUGGAAGAUCGAAGAGCGGACGGGAUUGACGGGGUCGACGGGGACCAGGAACGCUACGCACAAAACGAGGACGAACUAGCCCGGAUCUCCCAACAAAUUCAAAAGCUCAACCAUCAAAUCCAGGCCGCGCGGCUUGAAAAAAGACAGUACGAAGAGGAAAAGCGAGAAAAAGCGAGGGCGCGAGCCCAAGUCGAGUUGGAAGAGAGAAAUCUGGUCCACGGACAAGCGGCAGCUCAACGCACCAAGCAGGAGCGUGACAAAGAGCUGAAACAAGUUCGCGCGCAAAUCCAGGAGAUCGAACAAGAACUGAGCACCAUUAUCCCGCAAUUCCAGGCGGAGAAGGCAAAGGAACAGGCCGUCAAAACUCGGUUGGAGGAAGCAACCGCCACGCAACAGCGGCUCUAUGCGAAGCAAGGGAGAACUGCUCGAUUCAAGUCAAAGGCAGAUCGGGAUAGCUGGCUACAAGCACAGAUUGACGAAACAUUCCAGUCUCUCUCCCGCUUCAAAGCGACUCGCAUGCAAACCGCCGAGGGCAUCACAGACGAUGAAAAGCAAAUUGCCAGUCUCGAGAAGGAGAUCGAAAGCCUUCAGCAGCGACUGGGUGCACCGGACCAUUCCAUUGACCAAGACAUUCAAGCGGCCAAAGAGAGGAAGGACGCGCUGAUAGAUGAGCGGAGAGCGUUGUGGCGCAAGGAGGCGCAGCUUGACUCGGAAUACGCAGGGGCUUUGGAUGACCUGAGAAAAGCUGAACGCAACCUGUCACACAUGAUGGAUGGCAACACCAGCCGGGGUUUAGAUGCCGUUAGGCGCAUAAAGGAGCAGUACCGCCUGGAAGGUUGCUAUGGUCCGCUUGCAGAGCUGAUUGAUGUCCCUCAACAUCACACAGCCGUUGAAGUCACUGCAGGAGGUUCCCUAUUCCACUAUGUGGUGGACAACGACGACACAGCGAGCAAGGUCAUGGAGAUCCUGAGCAGGGAGCGCGCUGGGCGACUUACCUUCAUGCCGUUGAAUCGACUCAAGCCUAAAACAGCAAACUUCCCCAACGCGCAAGAUGCGAGACCACUUAUGUCACUCAUCAAUUACGACAAGAAGUUCGAGCAAGCUGUCCAACAGGUUUUUGGCAAAGCCAUUAUUGCACAGAACCUAAGCGUCGCAGCACAAUAUGCUAGAACUCACGGUGUGACCGCUGUAACCCCCGAGGGUGACCGGUCUGACAAGAAAGGCGCAUUGACCGGUGGUUACCAUGAUACCCGCUCUUCGAGACUCAAAGCCACGAGGGCCGUGAUGGCAGCUCGCGAGAGAUUCGAGGCGGUCAAGGCCGAGGGCACCGAUAACAAGAAGAAGAUUGAAAAGAUUGACCAAACCAUCACAAAGGCUAUGAGCGAGGUUCAAAAACUCGAGCAACAAAAAAACCAAUCUCAAGGUAGCCAGAUCUUACUCAGGCAAGAGAUCAAAAGCAAGAUGGACAUGCUACAGCGCAAAAAAGAGGAUCUCGAAGCAAAACAGAAGCAAGAGGCUUCGAUAGCGGCCAACGUUAAGAUCCUGACGGACCAACAGUCUGCCUACCAAGCUGAGUUGGGCUCAGACUUUAAGAAAGCACUGAGUGCAGCCGAAGAGAAGCAACUAGAGAGUCUUACAAUCACUAUACAAAAGUUGAGGCGCGAAUACAACGAUCUGUCUGCGUCUAGAGCAGAGAUUGAAACCAGGAAGGCUGACUUGGAAGCACGGUUGAACUCGAGCCUGAAACCUCAGCUCGAGGCGCUACAGACCGACGAAGUGGACGAAGAGGCCGGCAGCUCUUCCCAGAUACGCGCCAAGAGGGCCGAGUUGGCACGUUUGACCAAAGAGCUCAGCUCUGUGCAGACUUAUCUGGAUGAGCUCGAGGAGAAACUGGAGCAAUCGGCGACUCAAGUCGGCGAGCUCGAGGCUGAAGCGGCCGAGAUAAGGCGCCAACAAGAAGGAUUGACCAAGGCGAUCGAACGUCACCAACGCCGUCUGGAGAAAUCGGUCCAGAAGAAGGCUGCUCUCUUGGCCUCGAAGCAGGACACUGUGGAGAACAUCCGCGAGCUCGGUGCCAUCCCGGAAGACUUGCGGAAGAAGUAUCAGAAUACUGACUCGAACGUCAUUGUGAAGAAGCUCCAAAAGGCAAAGGAAGCCUUGAAGAAAUACAAUUCUGUCAACAAACAUGCUUUUGAACACUACCGAAAAUCAAUGAAGCAGCGGGAAGAGCUCACUGCAAGACGAAAGGAGCUUCAGGCAGGAAGAUCGUCCAUAGAGAACCUGAUCAAAGUUCUCGACCAGAGGAAGGACGAAGCCAUCGAGCGGACCUUCAAGCAGGUUAGCAAGGCGUUUGCCGAAGUUUUUCAGAAGCUCGUCCCUGCUGGUCGAGGGCGAUUGGUCAUUCAACGCAAAACCGACAAGCGACAAGCUGACGACUCGGAUGAAGACUCGGAUGCUGAACGCGGGAACAAGCGCGGUGUUGAGAACUAUACCGGCGUGGGUAUUAGUGUUAGCUUCAACAGCAAACAUGACGAUCAGCAGCGGAUCCAGCAGUUGAGCGGUGGUCAGAAGAGUCUUUGCAGUCUUGCCCUCAUCUUCGCCAUCCAAGCCACUGACCCGGCACCAUUCUACAUCUUCGACGAGAUUGACGCGAACCUCGACGCACAAUAUCGGACCGCGGUGGCCGAUCACCUUUUGUACCUUGCAAAUAGGGCGGAUGAGGAGCCCGCAAACGGCGACGAGAGACCGCUUGGGGGGCAGUUCAUCUGUACAACAUUCCGACCUGAAAUGCUGAGGGUGGCGGACAAGUGUUUCGGCGUGCGCUUUGGUAAUAAUGUGAGCACCAUUAGGGAGGAGACGAAGGAAAAUGCGCUGGAUUUCAUUGAGAGCCAGACUCAGUGA